GUUAUCGGACUUAAAAGUCCAUCUCCAAGAUCCGACCCGAAUUCCGGAUCCGAUAACGAGGCUAGAAGCAGAAGGAAGCGCCGCCGCAGCCACAGAGAGAGAGAGAGAGAGAGAGAUGGGAAGCAGGCUCGGCCGCCGAGUGGUGCACUUCGCCAACCUCCCGCUGAAGCUCUUGAUGCCGUCGCCGCCCUUCGAUUCCAUACGCGAGAUCGCCUUCAAGACCAUCCCCUCUGCGUCCAAGAUCGAGAUCCGCCGCGUCCUUGAAUCCCUCUAUGGCUUCGAUGUCGCUGAUGUUCACACUCUCAACAUGGAGGGCAAGAAGCGUCGCCGUGGUCCCUACCUCGCUGCCAAGCCGGACUACAAGAAGGCCUACGUGACUCUCCGAACGCCGCUGUCUAUCUCGCCGGAGUUGUUCCCCGUUGGGUUGGUUCAGGAGGAGAGGGAGAGGAUCGCGGCGAAGGCGAAGGCAAAGGCGAGUGUUGUGGAGGAAGGGAAGGUGAGUACUCAUUGGCUUGAUGAGCGUGCUGAGAGGGAUCACGGUGAAUUUAGUGGGCGGAGAGGGGGUAGGAGCGUGGAGAUGAAGAUGAAGAUGAAGAAUAAUAAGAAGAAGGAAGAGGAGGCGAAGGAGGAGAAGGCGAGGUUUCCGUGGAGCAGCAUGAAGCUGUGGAAAUGAGGGCUUGCAGUGGAAGACCUAUGUUCGUUGAGGUGUGAACAUAUAUGUGGACCAAAGUGAUUGGAUUUUCAAUGGGGCAAAUCGCACAAGAUAAGGCUCUUUGGUCAUUUUGAUCACUUCAAAAGUGUGUCAUUUAAGUCUAUACUAGGAAAAAUGUGCACUUUUAGUCCGCCACAGUAUGUUAUCAAUUUUCAUUAUUAAUGUUGAUCGCUAGGCUUCUAUGGCAUUUGACAUGUCAUGCACAUAUUAACACCUAUGCCAUGUCAGUUGCCACAUGUCAUGUGGUUUUAUCUUUAUUUUUUAUUUCUUUUAUAAAUUUAAAAUUGUUGAUGUGGCACCAAAACCUAUUAAAAAAAAAAAAAGUUUAAAACCACAUGACAAGUGGCAUAUAACAUGUCGUGAGUGCUGACAUAUGCAUGAUACAUCAAAUGUCAUGCAAGUCCAAUGAUCUACAUCAACAUUAAAAACUGACUGCAUAAUGGUAAGAGACUAAAAGUAGGGGUUUCUCCUAAUUCAGCUAUCUAAAUGCAUGCUUUUGUUUUUAUUUUUAUGGUCCAAAAUCACCAAAGCUCAUCUAAUAAAGGUGCAUUUGUCCUUUCCAUAACGUCUUUUAGUUGGUCUCAAGUGUUGCUUCAUGUAGCUUGGAUGAUUGAGGCCAUCUAACCAGGAGCGUUAAUUCUUCUGCUUUUGGAAAUGAUUUUAUUAGGCUUCUGCUGAAUUAGGCUCUCUUGUAAAGGCCAAAUGUAGUACCUGCAGUGAUUUUAACCAUGAAACACAGUUCUUGUGGAGAAGAUUUCUAAUACAAAGGACUUCGUCUACUUGGUAAACAUGGAUGACUGAUGGCUAUUUUGCUAAAGUUAAUAUGUCAUUCUCUGUUCUCAAUGCUGCCCACUUUGUGUUCUGGCUAUGGAUGUGCAAAUAGCCUGACACUCGUGAAUUUUUUCUCCUUUAUUCUCCUUAUCAACCUUGAUCACUUACUAAAUCUCUGCAAUUUGGUGUGAUUAAUGCAUGCUGAGAAGCCUGAUUAAGUUUUGAACUCUUUUGAUGAUCUUAUGA